AUAAUUGAAAAAUACUACAAUACCUAGGUCACAAUUUCUGUCCACUAUGAUUGUUGACUGAUAGUAUGAAGGGUAAUUACGAUAUUGUAUUAUUAUAGUUAUGUGUAUUACAGUAAAUAUGGUGUUAUUAAGCAAGCCGUAUACUUGUUUGUUAUCCGUUUUUUUAUAUUUCAACAUCAGCUAUAAAAUUGUUACUCGCUGAAUAUGAUAUAAAACUAUGAAGUUAUGUUUCAGUUACCAAUAGUUAAAUUAGUAAUAACAAUCUAUCUAUAGUUUUUAAAAUAAUUAAUAUUAAUUAUAUUACAGUUUUGUUAUAAAAAAAGUAUGCAGCCUCGAAUAUGAUUACUGCGUAAAUAUACGUAGGCAGUUGAAUUGUUCCUUUAUUCAUUAUAAAUAUCUUGAAUGAAAUGACAGGAUUAUCCUUCAAAUUGCUAGGCAGGCAACGAGUACUUGCGAAGGGUGACACCUGAGAAAACCGAUCUCGGCUGGACGGUCGCACGUAGCUAGGUGAGUAAGAAGGAUGCUGCGAAGUGAAGGACCCAUAAUAUUGGUGAGUAGAUGCGGGGCGGGGUUGUGAGGGCGGGCGCGGGGGUGCGACGCAAGGGCGGCAGCGCCAGGGCGCGCAGGGCGGCGGGUGGCACGUAACAAGUGAAGCGGCCCCGGGAGCAACAGUCUGCCGCAGCCCGGCCACGCGGCCUCACACACAUCACAACAAGUGUCGCGCCCCGGUCCGGACCGUGCUCCCCGCGUAUAAAGACGAAAAUAAGUCCAGAAACGAGACUUUCGUGUGUGGCUGUGAGAUAAAGUGUUGAUAUUUCAUAGAUAAAGAGUUCUUUUUUACUAAAAUGUCGUGUUUCGGAGGUAGCGUCUUAAUACCAGAUUGAAAAAAGCGCGUGUAGACGAUGGUGUAAAGUGUGAAGUAGUGAUGUGAGUGUGUGCGAUACAGAGCAACUUCAGGGAUAGCGCCACCAUGCUGCCUACAAAUGUUAUGUCUUUUAUGAAGAAGAUGGUGGCGACGGAGGACACGCCGAGUACUGUACCAGGGCAAAUAGAAACGCCAGGAACCUUUGGUAAAUUGCGCCAAACACUCUCCUCGUCUCUACUCACAGCUCAAGACAAAGUAACAAAGCUCGGCCCGAGACCGGGGGUGGCGGAAGGCGCCGCCGAGCCCGCACCAACGCCGCCACCCGCACAGCCCCCGCCCUCAUCUACCACACAAUCAGCGAAGACUGAACGCGAGGCAGGAAAAGCACCUUCAAGAGCUGGUGCGUGUCGAGUAUGCCUAAAAGCAUUGAAACCAGGCGAGGUGUUUCACAUAUGUAAUGGCUGUCAACAUCGCGUCUGUGAAGACUGCUCCUCAUACUCGAAACCGGCAAGCGAUGAAGAAGCGAACUCGUGGCGGUGCUCAGUAUGUCGGCGCAAAGCGGGUCCACGACUGCCGCCCGCAGCGCAGGACAGCACAGAUUCCUUGUUAGAGGUGCCUGUGCUGGAUGCGCUGCAGCGGCGGCAUUCGGAGGCCCGGCUGGGCAGCGGAGGCGCCAGCUCCGGACUAGCUCCGCCCCGGUCGCCCGAAUUGCGCAGGCAUUCAGAUGUAUCACCAGCUUCGCUUAAGGAAUUAGAAAAGGGCGGCGGCAGCGCGACACCGGACGUGGAGUCGCGGCGGCCGAGCACCGCGGCGCCGGCCCGCCGGAGAUCUGUACGGGCGCCUCGACAACGCUCCUGCGACGAAGACCAACCGGCCGUGCCCCCAGGACACCAGCCCGCGCUCGCCGCACCACCACCCAUGUCUAGGAGAGCAUCAGCAGUGGACGUUGUUGGGGGUGCACAAUCACGUAGAGGAUCGUACCGUGUCGACGAUGCUGAAACUCCCCAAAUAUCUGGCCUCAGCGUAGACGAAGAUCGGCCAAUAAGACGCCGUGGUAGCCAACUACCCGACAUAGCAGCGCUGCAGCAACGAACGGGUGCUCUAGGUGCAAUGGCGGCACUGACGUCACGCGGAUCAGACACAGUAACGGAAUCCACACCAACGAUAGCGGCCGCCGCGGCCGCUGCUGCCGCCGCACGACAGAUGUCCGUCGACGCGGAGGCGAUAAAGAUCGUCAUACACGAUGUCGACGACCGAACACCGCGGCGUGUUACAUUACGACGGGACCCCAAUGAUAAGGGUCACAGAUCACGUGGCUUCGGUAUGCGAGUGGUAGGCGGCAAACCGGACGCAAGCGGACGUCGCGAAGCUGUUAUCGUAUGGACCGUACCCGGCGGGCCUGCGGACCUGGCCGGCCUGCAACAGGGCGAUAAGGUGCUAGAGUGGAGCGGUGUGCCACUGACGGAACGCAGUUUCGAAGAAGUAUGUGCGGUACUAGAGCGGGGCGGUGAUAGCGUCGAACUGCUUGUAGAACCUGCACCGCAGCUCGACGACGCUCCCGCCACGCCCGCCACCACCACCUCUCACCACCACCACGCGCUAUACGAACCGGAUACCGACAAAUCACCAUCAUCGCCAACGCGACGGAAAUUGCCGAAAACCCCGGAGCAAGAUCGUGCGGAACGCGCUCGCGAACGUCCGCCAGCUCGUGCCCAACUACAGGUGUGGUUUGAAAGCGAACUGCGAAAGCUGGUGGUGGUUCUUAUUGCCGCCGAUGACCUACCGCCCCGGGAUCAUACACUUGGAUAUGGGGAUGAACCCGAAGCAUUCGCAAGAAUUCGACUUUUACCAUCACUGGAGAGCUGUCCUCCUGUAGAAACCGACCCUGCAUCUGCAUCGUGCAGUCCCGUUUGGAACGCAACUCUUGGCUUUGGAGGAUUAACUGCUGAUUUAAUAGCGGGGCGUGCACUGGAACUCACAUUAUGGGACGCCUGUCCCGGAAUCGAUCCUGUCCUCAUUGGAGAAUGCACCAUGGAAAUAGAAAAGGCAUUCGCAGAGGAACGUGCUGUGUGGUGGACACUGGAGGAGCGCGGUACGCGAUCCGCCAACGCUUCGCCGCGGGGAUCCCUGACCGGUGCGCGCGCGCUGCGUCGCGGUGACUUCGCCUCGCAGCGCUCCGUAUCAGAUGACAUGGACUCCAUCGGCGAAUGCGCAUCUUUGUUGCACCCGGACCAUGCAUGGGUGGGAGGCUCGCGCCGCGGUUCCUCGCAGUCCGAGACGCUAGAGGUGGAAGUGUAUCAGCUCGGAAAAGACUUUUCCCGCUCUCUACCCGGCUCCCGACGUUCGUCAUUUCAACAACAAGAAAAAGAGGGUGGCGCGGGCGGCGGCGGCGGGCCCGAAGGCGGCGCCGGCCCUUCGGGCUCGCGCCGCAACGAGCGCCGGCGCUCGUCGUGCGUGCGCCGCGACCCCGACGACAUCCUGCGUUCGCUGCGCGCCGUCAAGGGCGAGCUUGGCCGCACGCUCUCGCUCUCCGGCUCCACUGCUAGGCGCACGGCGACGGGGCGCAAGGGCAGCAUGUGGGCGGCGGUGCCAGCAGCCGCCGCCUGCGACGCGGUCGCCGCCGAUGACGACGACGACGUGCCGCUCGGGCCUGGGCAGAUGCCGCCGCGAAACGCCCACUUAGCACCACUGCACGCCGAGAUCAAUAUCAGUAUUAUAAUGAUAAAAGGCCAGUUGGAACUAGAGGUGUCCCAUGCUCGCCGGGUGUAUGGUGUAAACGGAGAAGUACCAGACUCAUAUGUCAAGUGUUACCUUCGCGAUGGCGACAAGUGGCUACAUAAGCGAAAAACACGCGUCAUCCGCCGCACGACAGAGCCACAUUUCAAACAAACGCUCAAAUACCAGGCGAGCGAAGCCCUUGGCCGUACACUGGUCGUAAUGCUAUGGCAGCGCUGUGGUGGGUUCGAGCACAACCUCGCACUAGGCGGCGCAGAGAUCUGUCUCGAUAAGUUGACCCUCCCGCAGCGAACAUAUGGUUGGUAUCCGCUGUUCCCGGCCACGUCGCUUGGCGGAGAGGAGUCACCAGACUGAUCCAGAGAGCCGUCGCCAGAGCGACGUGACGACAACUAGUGCCCCACGACGCAGCGACGGCUCCACACCACAACGCACACGACCCUCUACAUUAGCGACCUCUGAAUUACAAUACAUUGCAUCGGCGCGCGGCGCCACCGAACCACAUGCUGCUCUAUUAUUUAUUAUUCGCCGUAUGUUAAAAACAAUGGUGUAAAUACUCAAAUACUUUCUAUUACGUGUUUAAUUGUCAGUUAAUAUAAUGAAAAUGCUACCUACGCUCGAUCGUAUGUGGUAUGUGUUGAAGAAGUGGCGAGUGUAUAUAUGCCAAAUUAUCAAAAUACUGAAAGCCGUUUCUACGUUCUUCUAUUUAAAACUCAAGGUUUGACCUCGAGAAAUCCUGAAAAGACAACACCAUUUAGAGUAUAGACCUAAAAGAGGAGCUUAUAGAAAAUUGCUUGAAGAAUUUUUGAUUAGAUACUAGACCCAGACAUCAUAAUAGCACACACAAUAGUAAAUUAUGGACUGCGAUAGGAAUCUCUUGUAAAGCAAAUCAUAUAAUGAGCAAAUACACGCUUCAUAAUUAUUCCACGUAUAUCAUUAACUUGAUAUUAGUAAUAACUGUAAUGCGUUCCUUAGCUUUACUACACAUACUAAAAAUAGUUUGUUAUGCCAAAAGAUAUACACCAAGCUAGGAAUACAUAUAAAAAAAGUACAUUUUUUCAACCAAUAUCUGUGUGCGAUUUUUGAUGUUUGCGCCUACUGUACCUAUAUAUUUGUAGUAAUUUUAUAUGUUAUGUGUAAUAUAAUAAAUAUCAGUAUAUAUAAUAUGCGUACAUUUCUGAAAUAUAUAGGAAAAAUCUAUUUAGAUAACGUCAGUAUUGUAGCAUGUCACAUCUAAUAGUUCGCCACUUGUUAGAUCCGGAUCGCCUGUGAUCCAGCUAUGUUCGUGAUAUAUAUUAAUCUGUGCCUGGCUUACUUUGACAGUAGUGUUUUUAUUAUGACUCAAACUUUUUGUUAAAUGUCCUUCAUAUAAAUAGUUUGUGCACUGAAACGUAGCUCGUACUUUUGAAAUAAAACGUAUAGCGCCAUGUACACUUAUACCCUUAAUGUAAUUAGAUUAUUUAUACCGAAUCUAUUAAUAAAAUGUAAAUUAAAUCUCAUCUCAAAUAACCCCAACUUUGACACUUUGCCUUAUACGAUUAAUAAAUUUCUAAAGUUAUUCUAGUAAGUAAGCGCGUCUAGGUACUAUUCUUCCAAGGUUGUGCUUUAGUGAAUUUCCCUAAUGUAUACCUAUUACUUUAUUUGUAGACAUCGCUAACUACUAUCGACGUUAUUAAGAGUUUAGUUGUUUUUUAUUACAAAUUAUCUUUACAUAUAAAUUGUAAAUACGGCUAAAUUAUUUUUCAAAAUUUUCUACGCACAACUGUUUUCGUGAUAGCAUUUACUGUUAUUAAUCUUUUUAUAAUCUCUAGAAACCAAACAAAUGUACACAAUUCUAAUAAGUAUCUACUUUAACUCGUAACUUUUAAUCAACCCGUUAAUUACCAUUCUGUGAGUGUAGAGCUGCCACCUCAAUUAAAGUUGUUCCAAAUCAUCGAUAUACCUAUAACUUUAAUUAGAUAUAUGAGUAUAAUAAAGUGGAACAAUAGCGUCAAAUGAUCCAAUCGGUGGCUAGCACGUGUCUCACACUUCAUACAGCCACUAGAGUAGCUCAUUUGUAGAUACAAACAUUAUAUAAUCGUAAAAUGAUAUUUUCAUUGUUGGUGUUAGAUAAAAGUUACAUAUCUACGGGAAAUGUGUAAUGUAAUUAUAUCUCGUUAAAAUCUGUGUUCUUCCAGUGCUGUCAUAGCUUAGUGGCUCAUCUGACAAUACUAAUCUUGUUUACCUGGUGUGCUGGCCCCCGCGGCCGGCGCGAGCGUGCGCAUGGUGGCCACGCGUACCGCAGCCCUACUAAUCGUUUCAACGUGGUUGUAUAUUUCCUAAGAGAGAGAAUCUAUAUUCCUUUUUAGAUUACCUAGAAAAUUUUCCAAAUAAGUACUCAAAUGUUUCCAAAUGCCUAAAUAUAUAUCUGGCGUUUUAAGUGUAUUUUUACACUAUAAUUUUGUAUUCGAUUAAUUUGGGGAUAAAAUAUACAUAUUCAAUAUUUAUAUUAUUGAAAUAUAGAUAUUUAUUAAAGAAAAAUAUAUUAAAUGACAUUUGGCUCUGACGUAUGUUGGAGACAGUCAAACUAACUUACGCUUAUUAUCUCGAUAUAUUAGUAUAACAAAUAAUAUUCUUAGUAACAAAUGUAUAAAAGACAUUAUCUAAUAUUGUUACGUGCCUCGACGAGCCCCGAUACCAGUCCAUUUCAUGAUUCUUUAUUAUUGUUUACAGUAUUUUAUACACUAAUACGCAGAAAAGUAAAAACCUAAGUUUCUAAAAGCAAACAACAAACUAUAAAUAUCCACUCAAUUUAGUUGAAAGUAAAAAAAAAUAAAGAUGAUAAACCAAAAGCCGCACAAAAUUUUUGGGAGGUAAAUAGGUAAUAAGAAUUAGGUAAUACAAAGAAACCAAUCUUCAGUUUACAACUUUCACUUGCCUGUAAUAUGCCUCCCUAAUGUCCCCUUCUUAAAUAGUUUCAACUAUUUUCUCCUCUUUUUUAAAUCUUCCUAGGUAUAUAUAUUAAAACCGUAAAAUUCUUUGUAACUCAAACUAUUUUCGAGGUAUUGCUCGAAAUAAAUAUAAUAAGAAUAUUCAUAUCAAUAGUGAAGAUCUUUCCCUAAACGAUAGCCGUCUCAACACCUAACACUAGAGGACUUAGGAUUCAGUCUGUCGAGUUUAUACUGACGAGCUUGCCCUAACUUCAUGCAAUUAUUAAAGCAUGUGGCCAUUUUGCCUUUAAAGUAUCACUCUGUAGUGUGAAUGGCGAAUCAAUGUGAUAUGGUAUCGGAUAUCAUGUACCUAAACAUUCUUACCUUAGUGUUAUAUUUCUUCCUAGAUACAAAGUUAUUCUCCUAUUCCGUUUUCUUGAUGAAUACUAGAGUAUGAUAUUAUUGUAUCAUGAAAUUACUUUGUCCUUCUAAUCCCGUAACUCCGCGAUUUCUUUUAUAAGUUUUUUCAUAUUCUUAUAAUAAGUCAUAACUAAUCGCUCUAUCUAAAUUCAGAUACGCCUAAUUUUUAAGGUAAAUAUCUUUGUUGUUAUCAUAUUCAAUGUAGUAUUUGUCAUGAAUACGGAAUAAAAUCUACAAAAAACUAGUACGUAACAAAUAUGUGUGUCAAAAUAUAUUAUUAAAUAAAUGUGAUAACAAAUGAGUUUAUUAUAGCGAUA